UCCAAGUUUUUGAGAUCUUUUUUUCCCGCAAGGAAAUUAAUUGAACCUUUUUCUUUUUUGCAUACGGCGGCGGUGGCCUAAAGUGAAAAGGUUUUAUAAAACCCAGCUGAAGGUCUAGGAGUGGUGCAAUGGCGGGCGUGCCCACAAAAAGCACCUUCCAUGCCACCUGUGGCACACGUGCUAUAGGUUCACCACCACGGGACUAGGGAGUCCCCACACACACACACUAGCAGCCACAUUGCCCCUCCCCCAAUUUCCACUGCAGGAGGAAUUUCUCCCAAAAAGUUUUCCCUCUUCGGCCCCUCCCCAACUAUAGUGCAGCCCCAGUCCUCCCAUCGAUCCAGAACCUUCACUGCGUUUUUCUGCAGUCCUCUUAAAGUUCCCCCAACACCACUAUUACCGGCAACUCCUUCCACAGCUGGUAUUUGGUGGAGUGCGCUUCUAAGGCCCAGCUCAGACCCUCCUAUAAAUGAAUCAGUUAUGUUGAGACCUAAUAGGCUCCGAGGCUGGAGUAAGGAAAACAGCAACACUAUCCCACAUGAAGGCUCGUCCAGUGAAAGAGGAAAGGAUCAAGAACUUAGGCGAGGGAUCCACUCGUUUCCACUUUGAAAGCUGUCCUUUCCUGCCACUGUCCCCUGGCAUUACAGGAGCAGCAGAACACUCGCCAGAGUUUCUCAGGCUGGAGAACCCUGUCCAAACCCUCAAACCCAUAUGAUCGUCUGCGCACUGCAGAAGAUUUGUGUGGACAAUGAUUCGUUCACUAUAGCCUCCAAGGGAAGUAGAAUUGAGUGAACUGAGUCCUAACCAUGAGGACAUUUAAAGAGGGGAAGAGCUUACCUCCAGAUGCUCCCUUACCUCCAGAAGUUGUGGGUGCUUCCUCACUGAAGGUUUUUAAGAAGAGACUUGACAGUCCUUUGUACGAAAUAGUAAAGAGUCUCCUGCUUCAGCAGGGGGCUGGACUAGAAGACCUCCAAUGUCCCUUCCUGCUGUAUUCUGAUUGAUUGCUUGAAUGGAUGCAUUUUCUCCCCAAAUUAUGGAAACUUCCAGAAGAAUUAAAUGUCCCCAAGGAGAAAUUAAAUUAGGCAUCAUAGGACUCUACAACAAUGUUCUGUGUCAGUAUCAAUUUAAUUGGGGCAAUUUCAUGCAGCCCCCUUCCCUACAGAGAUCAGCAAUAAGAAAAACUAAAAAUUGAUUUUCUCUAUCAUUAAUGGCAUCAUAGAAUGCAGAGAACAGUAUAUUUUGAAUGGAAUUCAUUAUUUUUAGUUAACAUUGCAAAUAUGUAGAGAAAUUCAAGAAUGGGAUGAGAGCAAGGUACUGGUUGAGCAGGGCUUAUGUAUCUUUCAAAAGAAAAAUCACGAAUGCAAUCUGGAUAUUUAUGUAAAAUAAAAUGACAGCAUCCAUAUCAAAGAGGAUGAACCACUAAAUUGGGUAAUACUCAGAAGCUGACAAAAUAUAUCCUGAGAGAAAAUAUUAAAGGAGGUGGGAAGAGAAAAACUUUGUAUGGCAACAUAGUAUGCCCAGGAAACAAGGAAUGUGGAGUGUUUGUCAAAUGGCAAGAACAGAAAAAAAUACAAUAUUCUGUCAAAGGACAGGGACAAUUGAUCAGCAGGAUAAUCAUUAUAUCCCACAAAAUAAGAAAGAAUGAAAAUAAUUUUGAAACUUUAAAAAAGAAUUGUAUUAGUGGGCAAUGUGACUAUAACACUAAUAAAAAGAAGUAAACAAAAUAUGUAGAAGGUGAAACGAUGAAAAAUCAGAUUUUGAGAUUGAAUAUAAAGUAAAGUACUUGGGUAUUAAUCUGAGAAAUAUGAAUAGUAUAUUGUUUCAAAGUAAUUAUGUUACGCUAUGGGUUGAAGUUGAUAAAGAUAUGUUUAAGAGAGAAAAACUACAAUACGUAUAAGAAAAAUAAAAAUUCAUGGCAGAGGAAUAAUCAAAGUACAAAUGCAUGAUUUAUCAGGUGGCUUCCCUCUUCUCAGCCACUCUCAGCCAAAGCCCACUGGAGCCGUCAGAGUUGAGUUAGGAGUGGAAGUAAGCGGUUCUUCUUCCCCAUUUACAAACUACCAGUAAUACUUGACCAGAAAGGGAAAAGCCUCCUAUAACAAAUUUGGGGAUGCGGGUGUUUAAGAACCAAUUUUGCUACUCUUUAUUCUGAGUUGACUUCUUGUCUUUUAGCAGAGGACCUAAACUGAAAACAACGCUCUGAUUUUCAAAGAGCUUUGGAUGGUAAAUAAUAAAUAGUUUUAUAUUAUAAAUUCAACACGUAAAGAAGUAUAAUUCCUGUGUAAAACAUAUGCAAAUAGCUACUCUGAGAAGUCCAUUUAGUUAUGAUAUGAAAUUGAGAAUUUUUUUAGCUUAUUCUCGAUCUUUAGUUAUACAAAUUCUUGAUAAAUUGAUUACGGACCAUCAAAUACGUACUGAUUAAUCAGAUCGGUAAAAUUUUCUCCAAAAUAAUCUUUCACGGUUUCCAGAGGAUGUAUUUAAACAGAGACAUGAAAAACGAAGGGAUCGGCGCCAGCUCCGUUAAACUGAGACCCUCAGUCCCCUACGCUCGCUUCUGCUCUAGCAACCCGGCAAAUGAACCGCCGGGAGAAACGCUUUACGCCUAGAGAGCAAGUCCCGUCUCCAGGAAGGGAGCAUGGAGGGAAGGAAGCUCUCUGCUCCAGCCAUCCCGCCGACCUCCAGGGCGAGGCAGAGGGCGAGGCUUCCCCUCGUUCGCAGCCCCGGAUCCAACCUGCCUUCCCCUCCCCGAUUUCCAUCCUGCCUCAGUCUCUGCACUCACGAAGCUCUCCUUUUGCAAGGAAAGGUGUCAGCUGGAAAAGGAGCUACCAGCCGCCUUCCGACGUUCAGCCCCCCGAUCCGUCCGUCCUGCGCUGGACCCAGAGACCAAGGAGAGCUCCACCUUUCAGCGGAGCCUCCCCGACUUCCAUGCAGGGCGCAGGACCCGAGCAGGAGCAAGCGGGCGAUGAAGAGGGGCGACGCUGAGAUGAUCGGUCCUUCCCUGCCCUUCGCAAGCAUCGCCGUCCCAGUCUCCGCUUCUACCGCCCGCCUUUUAGCGAACCCCACCCCCCUCCGAAGAAGAGCAGCGGAGCACACAUUCUGGAAGCCCGGAAAAGGAAAGUGCCUUUUGAUUUGCUUCUUUUACGUCCCCUCUAGGAAGCACAUAUCUCUCGUUCUAGGUCCUUGUUGAGCAGGCGUCUUCAGACUUGGGCCUUUUGACUGCUGGACUUCAACUCCCAGAAUUCCUCCGCCAACGUGCCUGGAGCACUCAGGUAAUUGGCUGGAAGCAUUUGCCGUUGCCUUCUUCAGGCGGCUAACGCCCGAGUCAGCGGAGUCCGAUUUCUGCCCUCCUGCCAACCGGAGAAGGGUUUCGGAGGGGCCGGGGGACAUUUCGGACCGUCUCGGACCUCUUUUGGCUGCCCUCGAGCAGGAGACCCGAUGGAGGCCCAGGGAUCUCCAGGGAUGGAGGCCGCCCUCAGCCCAGAGAUCCACCGCCGGCGCUUCCGCGGUCUCGACGGCUGCCGCCAGGAGGCCGAGGGGCCUCGGGAGCUUUGCAGCCGCCUGCACCGCCUGUGCCGCCAGUGGCUGCGGCCGGAGAGGAGCAGCAAAGGGGAGAUGCUGGACCUGGUGGUGCUGGAGCAGCUGCGGGCCCUGCUGCCCGCGGAGAUGGCGAGCUGGGUGAGGGAGUGCGGAGCCGAGAGCUGUUCGCAGGCGGUGGCCCUGGCCGAAGGCUUCCUCCUCAGCCAAGCCCAGCGGGAAGAGCCGGGAAAGGGGCAGGAGCAGUUCACAGAGGAGAUCUCAGCAGAGCUCCGGGGCAGAGGAGAUCAAUCCAGCUCUAUUCAGCAACUGUUUUUCAGGAGGACCCAAUUCUGGCCACCUUCCCAGAGCUCUAAUCCCUUUGAGGAGGUGACUGUGGACUUCACAGAUGAGGAGUGGAAGCUGCUAGAUUCUGGCCAGAAGGCCUUGUGCAGAGAAGUCAUGCAGGAGGUUUCUAUCAAUAUGGCUGCUCUGGAUGAGGUGUUUGUGAAUGAGAACGACAAGGAAGCAUGCAUGCCUCUAAAAACUAUGGAGAAUAACUCCUUCGCUGCUACUUCACCAAAGAAACUGUGUGGGAAAUGCAAACCACAUACUUCUGUAAUAUCUUUGGUGGAUUCCACCCUGAGCAGAAAGAGGAAAUGCUGCAUGCAGUGUGGAAAGAGUUUCAGUACGAAAAGUAAUCUUAAUGUCCACCAAAAGAUGCACACCGGGGAGAGAUCAUAUGAAUGCAUAGAAUGUGGAAAGAGCUUUAUCCGGAAAGAAAAUCUUAAACUUCAUGAGAGGAUCCACACUGGGGACAGACCGUAUAAAUGCAUGGAAUGUGGAAAGAGCUUUACCCAGAAAGGAAAUCGUAAUCUUCAUGAGAGGAUGCACACUGGGGACAGACCGUAUAAAUGCAUGGAAUGUGGAAAGAGCUUUACCCAGAAAGGAAAUCUUAAUUUUCAUGAGAUGAUCCACACUGGGGAAAGACCGUAUAAAUGCAUGGAAUGUGGAAAGAGCUUUACCCGGAAAGGAGAUCUUAAUGUUCAUGAAAGGAUCCACACUGGGGAUAGACUGUAUAAAUGCAUGAAAUGUGGAAUGACUUUUACCCAGAAAGGACCUCUUAAUCGUCACAAAAUGAUCCACACUGGGGACAGACUGUAUAAAUGUAUGGUAUGUGGAAAGAUCUUUACCCGGAAAGGAGAUCUUAAUCGUCACAAAAGGAUACACACUGGGGACACGUCGUAUAAAUGCGUGGAAUGUGGAAAGAGCUUUACCCAGAAAGUUGAUUUUAAUUGUCAUGAAAGUAUCCACACUGGGGACACAUCGUUUAAAAGUAUGGAAUGUGGAAAGAGCUUUACUCAGAAAGUUGAUCUUAAUUGUCACGAAAGUAUCCGUACUGGGCACAGACCGUAUAAAUGCAUGGAAUGUGGAAAGAGCUUUAUCAGGAAAGGACAUCUUAAUGAUCAUGAGAGGAUCCACACUGGGGAUAGACCAUAUAAAUGCAUGGAAUGUGGAAAGAGCUUUAACCAGAAAGCACUUCUUAAUCGUCACAAAAGGAUCCACACUGGGGAUAGACAAUAUAAAUGCAUGGAAUGUGGAAAGAGCUUUAACCAGAAAGCACUUCUUAAUCGUCACAAAAGGAUCCACACUGGGGAUAGACAAUAUAAAUGCAUGGAAUGUGGAAAGACCUUUACCCGAAAAGGACAACUUAAUAAUCACGAAAGGAUCCACACUGGGGACAGACCGUAUAAAUGCAUGGAAUGUGGUAUGACAUUUAACCAGAAAGGAAAUCUUAAUCGUCACAAAAGGAUCCACACUGGGGACAGAUCGUAUAAAUCAGUGGUUCUCAACCUUUCUAAUGCCGUGACCCCAUAAUACAGUUCUCCAUGUUGUGGUGACCCCAGGGACGUGGCCAAGUGGGCGUGGCCACCAUGUUGUGGUGACCCCCGACCAUAAAAUUAUUUUAGUUUGUAUUUCAUAAAUGUAAUUUUGGUACUGUUCUGAAUCACAAUGUAAAUAAUUAUUUGGAUGUGAUUUGAAGUUUGUGUAAUGAAUUGAAAUGAAGUAAGGUUUAACAUUGUUUCUUUUUUUUAACUAAGUUAGUUAUUAUUGGAAGAAGUUAUAAAUGAGACUGGUGAUUAAAAGAGGGAUGAGAGAUUAAGAAUUUGAACAUAUCUGGAAGAGAUAAUUGAAGUGAUAAUCUGUUGAAGUAAAACAAUAUUUGAUUAUGGAAAUUGUAAAUUGAUAAAGUCUUAAAACAGGU